ACACACCCAUUUCCAGCAAACAAAACAAAUCAUCAUUUCAAUGUUCCAAAUUUCAAUGCCUGUGUGUGUGUUUUGUUAUCAGGGUAAUAAGUUUGCUGUUGUUUAGCUUUUGGUGGAACUGUGGAAAUGGAAAAAACUUGAAUUUUUUUUUUUACUUUACACAAACAGAUAAUAAUCUUCCGUUGGUUCUCAAUAAUCAAUUUUUUUUUGAUUAUGAGAUUCUUGAAUGCAAUGAUUAUACUUGCACUUGAUAAAUGUUGUUUGGUAUGAUUUGAUUUGUUUUUUGUUUGUGGUCAUCAAUCAAUAACAAGUUUAAAGUUUUUUUGUUGUUGUUGUUGUUGUUGUUGAAAUGCUAUAAAACUCUUCGAUUUGUUCACCAGUUUUUAAAAAAAAAUAAAUUAAAUUCAACUGGUGGCUGUGUUUGUGUCUUAAAAAUUUUUGCAAUCUUUCAACUUUGAAAAAAAAAUCUGAUUGUGAAGAUUAAAAAAUGUCUGUCCAAAAAAUUAUUAUUGUUGGCGAUAAAAAUGUGGAUAAAAUAUCGUUUAAAAAUAAAUUAAUGAAUCUACAACAUGAUUCAAAUGUAUCGACAGCUAAUCGAUUUCUAUCAUGGACCAUCAAUCAACAACCAUUGAAGGUGGAAUUUAAAAUUGUCGAACCGGAUGAACUACAAGCCGUUCGUGAUAGUUUUUAUCGCAGUGCAAACGGUUUCAUCUGUUUAUUCGAUGUGAAUGAUGAACAAAGUUUGACAACCGUUAAAAAGAUGCGUGAACAAAUUCUUGAUGUACGAUCUCAAACACGUAUUAUAUUGGUUGGCAUUAAAAACGGUGAUCGUGAUGCAAAAAAAUUGCGUAAAAUACCAAAAACUGAUUCCAAACGACUGGCUAAAGGAUGGAAAGCCGAAUAUUUUGAAACCACCGUUGAUGGUAAUCAAAAUGUUGAAAAUUGUCUAAAUAUAUUGAUGAAGGCUAUUAUUGAGAAUAAACAUACACGUUUGGUAUCAGGACGUACAAGUAUCAAGAAUACAUUGGAUCGUUUUAAAUAUUAUAAUUGUUUCAAUUGAUUUCAAUUUCCAUUUCAUUCAUUCUACCCAUUCAAAUCAAUUGCAAUUGCAAUUGUACACACACACACACACACACACAACAAGAAUAUUUAUUUCGUAAAGAAAUUUAAAAAGUCUUUUGUAACGAG